AUGCUGUUGGCCGAGAUUGGGGUAGCGUUCUUUAUCAACGCGCUCUUCUCCGUGAUGGUACUUGAUGGGGGGUGAGGCUUCUUAUACGUUUUCGUAUCCUAUGCCCGUAUCGAGGUAGUCAUCCCAUCGAUAUCCCACCCUGGGGAAGUAAUAUUGUUGAUCCCCGAAUAUCGUUCAUAUCAUGAUACCAAUCAACCCUGCAGCUAGCUGUCUUAUCACAGAACCGCCUUUUGAUGGAGUCGCGGGGAUGAUAAUGUCUAAAAUCUAGAACCAGAGAUUGUCGCGUCGCUUUGUGUAAUGUAUCAUUGUUUCUAUAAAACGAUGGCUCACUCAUCUCCUUGGCGUUAUUGUUACAUGGCAGUCAGUUGUUAAAUCGUUUCAUCUCUUUUCCAUCCCCAUUCUGUCUCCAUGGAGGAAUCAGAGCUUCGCCAUGGUCAGCUUGACGAGACCGCCAUCCCUGGCACAGUUCAUCUUGUCGAUCUCGAAGGGACGAUUCGGGGAAAACAUGCCUCUGGCACAGAUGUUGUUCUUGUGCCCACCCCUUCAGCGGAUCCAGAUGAUCCGCUGAAUUGGUCUCUCCGGCGCAAGUGGCUGGCCACGGCUUCGCAGGGCAUGUUUACGUUGAUGGUUGGGAUUGCUUCAGCAGUCGUCUACAGUGUCCUGGAACCUAUCUCUGAAGACACGGGGUUAACGUUGGGGGAUCUGAACUCAGGAACUGGCUAUAUGUUCCUCUUCUUAGGCUGGGGCUGUCUCUUCUGGCAAGCAGUAGCAUUGCAGUUCGGCAAGCGGCCAGUAUACUUGUUCUCAAUGGUGGCCACUCUGGGUAUUAUGAUAUGGGUACCAUAUACCAAGACGAAUGGUGCCUGGAUAGGGAGCAAGAUUCUCCAGGGCUUUGUUGGCGCACCUAUUGAGUCUCUUGUUGAGAUCUCGAUCACGGACAUUUGGUUCACGCACGAACGUGGUAAAUUUAUGGGGGGCUAUGGUUUCAUGUUAUUUGGCAGUAACUUCCUCGCUCCUCUCUUGGCUGGUUUCAUAAACGAUGGCCAAGGCUGGAAGUGGGUUAUGUACUGGUGUGCUAUUUUCUUGGCAGUUGGUUUCGUCUUCUGUUUCUUCUUUAUGGAAGAGACCAAUUACGACCGCGUGCCUUUGGAGAUGGUGUCAACGCCCGCUACGCCAGGCACUGCUACCCCGAAAGACACACCUCCUUCAGUAGAAGCCGACCCAGAGAAGAGUGCCGCCGCAGUCGACAAUUUAGCUGCAAACUCUGAUUCCGGGGUGGGAUCGGUGCAGUACACCAAGAAGACAUACUUCCAGAAGCUCGCACUGCUUGAUAAGAAACGCGACUUUCAUCUGUUCCGGAUGAUGGUACGACCCCUCCUAUUCUUGUCGCUUCCAUCCGUUGUCUACGCGGGCUUUUCCUACGGCAGUACCUUGAUCUGGUUCAACGUGUUGAACGGAACGGCUUCACUCAUUCUUAGUUCACCGCCUUACAACUUCCCUUCCUCGAUGGUUGGAUUAGCUUAUCUGAGUCCUAUAAUCGGUGUCGCAUUUGGCUCUUUCUAUGCAGGAGUAAUUGGGGACCGGGUUACUCUGUGGCUAGCCCGUCGAAACGGAGGUGUCCUAGAGAGCGAAUAUCGUCUGUGGCUCUUCUGGAUCUCUGUGAUUCUCGUUCCUGGAUCUUUGAUCCUCUGGGGAGUUGGGGCCCAGCACCACGUCCACUGGUUUGGACUCAUUUUCGCCAUGGGUGUCAUCGCGUGUAGCAACUCGAUUGGCGUGCAGCUGAGCGUAAGCUACUGUAUCGAUUCGUAUAAAGACCUAAGCGGCGAGGCGAUGGUAACCGUGAUCAUCAUCCGAAACACCAUGAGCUUUGCAGUGGGGUACGGGAUCACGCCGUGGGUGACCAAUAUGGGUUACCAGAAUGCCUUCCUCGUGGCAGCAUUCGUCGGCAUGGCCCAAGUCCUGUCCUUCUUGGCCGUGAUCAAGUGGGGUAAAUCCUGGAGAAACAUGACGAAGAAGAGGUAUUAUAAAUUCGUGAAGGAGAGCCAGCUUCUGGGAACAAGUCAUUAG